AGAGAUUGACAACAUAGCCUUACCACAGCACUUUUAAGAGCUUGUGCAAUCUUACGGAGUUCACGAGGCCGCAGUUUGAGCAUUCAGACGAUGGAUUAUACCCAAGGAAAAAACCCCGAUAAAGCCAUCUUUGCAGUGAGAGACGUUGUCCAUAGUCUUCCCAUCUACCAAACAAGAGGAAUGGCAUGUGCCGUUGAUGCGGGAAAGAAGCAGGGCUUGCUAACAUGGGAGGGUGUUUUUAACGAGGGCGAUCGUGGCCUUAUCAAUAAGAAGUCAGUGAUUUUUAAUCGGAGGUCGAAAACCUUUUCGAUAAUAAACUUAACGAUAUCACAGAUAAAGAAAGCAGGCAGGUGUUUGUUUAUUUCAGUGGAAGGUCUACAGCGUGGCGAUGUACUCACGUUGAAUGUUCCAGAUAGUGUCGUAAUUAGUAAUGACGUCUGUGCACAGUCAUUCAUCGGAAGGAACAAAUCCCUGAAGUUUUAUUUCAACUACAACCAAGGAAAGAAAUGCUAUGAACUUCGUUCUUUUGACGGGAAGAACUGUGCCAUCGAGAAAUCUGCCGUUCUUGGAUCACCUAUCAUUAAAGACAAAUGUGUCAUUGGUGUGGUGAGAGAGGAUGAUGAAGGACAACUUAUUCCCUACUUCAUAACACAGAGAGUGCUUGAUCAGAUAAACAUGGAUCCAAGUGAGAGUGGGAAUGGUGAAAACCAAAACAAUACUGUGAAACCAGAUAUUAAAGAUUCUCUUGCAGAUUGUAAAGGGAUGAAUCCAAAAGACAUAGACAGUUCUCAUCAGAGUGAUAUCUUAGAUGCUCCAGGUUCUGAAACUGUAAAAGUAGCCUCCAAAAAUAAUCUUCAACAAUUGCAAGAUAUGAUCAGUGAAAGUAAACUCAACAGUUACGAAGGUAGCAGCCCAAGAAGGGAGUUGGAGAAGGCUGUAUCAGAAUGGGGCUUUAGAAUUUCUGAGAAUGCAGGAUCAGGAAAUUGCCUCUUCUUUGCUUUAUCAGAACAACUUAAUGUUGUCAAAGGAGAGAACAUCCAACAUGAUGAAUUGAGGAAAAACUUAGUUCGGUAUCUCAGGGAGAACCCAAAACGGGCAGAUAGAACUGAUCUUUAUGUACUCCUAGACGAUGAGCAACGCAGUCAGUUUAGUACAUGGGAUCAAUACUUGGCCAACAUGGAGAAAGAUGGUGUUUGGGGUGAUGAAUUUAUUAUCUUUGCUGCAGCAAACCGUUAUGAAACAUGCAUUGAUUUGAUUGGGAAUAAGUCAAAAAAUAAUAUUCGACCAGAAUUUCCGGUUGAAGAUGGCAGACCACUUUGCCUGGGGCAUCAAUAUGAUCACCAUUUUGUCAGCUUACUAUUAAAAGAUGACCGAGUAGAAGAGCAGGGGCAGUCUGGCGUUGGACAAGGCGUGAUUAACAAGCCAAAUAUUGGACAAAAUUCAACAGUUCGGCUGGAUGAUCAAGGACGCAGCACAAAUUAUACUCCUAAGAAUGACAUCCCUGAAGAAGUCCUGCUCGCUGACUACUUGUAUCAAGUCGAGAGUUUAAGUCUGAAACUGAAUUUCGAAACCAAAUCAAUUUCAAAGAACUGGAAAGAUGUUGCAAUCAGGUUUGAAGUUCCCUAUGAUGCCAUCCUUCUUAUGGAAAAUGAGAACAAGAAGGUAGGAGGAAGCGCAAUGAGUGAUUUGAUGCAAUAUCUGCAAGUAUUAUGUUAUGAAGUGACUCUGAAAAAGUUCGUAGACGUCCUCCAAGAGCUGGGAAGGAACGAUGUUGCAAACGACAUUAUAAAGAUGUUCAGAGAAAAAAAUGAGAAAUUAUUAAAAUGGAGUUGAUUUUUGUAUUGAAAUUUAUAUUAGGAAACUCGGUAAAAAUGUUAUAUUAUUCUUCUAGGUUUUUGUCAGCCUUUUAGUCUUUUCUCUAGUUGUAAAAGUAGUUACGGGUUUAAAAAAGUUUUUUACCCCAGUUGCCAGUUAUGCGAUCUGAUUGGCCAAUUUACCGUUGUCGAUAAAAGCACAGAAACGCUACUCGCGUCAACGUGUCACGCAACCUGUCAUGAACUGAAAGAAUCGUGUUAUUUGACGUCGAUAUUGUGGUAAAAAGAAAAAAAAAUCGACAGUGGUUUCGCGUGGACUCUUCAGGGAAAACAAUUUGUAAUGUGUAGUAGAAGAGACUGUAUCUUGUGACUGAAUGUAUCGCUAAACUGCGAUGCAUGUACCGUUUUUCAACGACUUUAUUUUAUUGAACUAGUUUAACUGCUAGACGCUACUGGAGCGUUAAAUCGAGCUUUCCACGAGAUUUGUUGUGUAAUUAAUAGGCGAUUUUACAUGUGAGAUCAUAAUUAAGUGUGCUUAGCUAGCAGUUUUGUUGGGAGCACCUGAGCAAGUUGCAAAGCCGCAAGGGGAAAGAAAAACAGCCAAAAAAAAAACUCUGAAUAAAAGGGGUAAGUUUCUAAAGAAAUUGUGGUGUUUGUGGUGUCUUCGAGGUAAUGGACAACUCCGUCUUUAUAACAACAACGUAGUUUUAUUUUCGUUCCUAUGUUUUCACACAUGCUCUCUGUCCUUUAUUCUAGCCCAUAAUAAUAAUAAUUAUAAUCAACAUACGGGACACUACA